GAAUGGUUCCAGCAGUGGAGGCUCUGGAGGUGGGCACCAAGAAGCUACUAGGCACAGUGCCGCGUCAUCAAGAUCAAUACGUAGAAAUCGAACAUCAGAACAAGCCGAUGGAGGAGCAGGAGCAGCGAAUCAUGAUCUUCAAGAUGAGAACGACGGUGGGACGAGUGGAACCAAGAUACAACAGAGAACAUCAAGUAGCAGGACAUUAUCUUAAGGCUUGCCGUUGUUUCUCAUCUUAAGAGGCAUCUUUGGGCACGAUUUCAAGGGGAAUUCACUUCAAAGAUGCACUUUAAGAUGAAUAUGGAUAAGGUCUAAUUAUCGCAGUCACCCGGUCGUCAAGGGUCUUCUUCAUCUCCGGGUCAACAUCGUGGUGGAACUACAGCCAGGCGUUGUCUCGAUUACGAAACUUCUGAAGAUCAAGCUCGAACCACAACAGCAGCCGAAGUCGAAAUGGCCAGCGUGGGGGACACAGGAGGAUUAGCCUUAGUCGAUGAGCGAGCAACGGCAAGAAGCGUGCUGAUACAGCAACAGCCAGCUACUAAUACACUAGAGAGAAACUACACUACAACAACCACUAGAACGACGCAACUUCUCCGUGACGAUCUUCCAGAAGGGAGUUCUUACAACGGCAGAAGCGAGCAGAGAAGACUGCUAGAUCAUAGAGACGACGUUGAAGCACGACGGUUAGCUUCUUCCGUACAAGAGCAAGAAGCUUCUUCAAGAAUCACAACCACGGCGACAUCUGGUCGUCAACAUGUAGCUCCUCUACCAGCUCUCCUGUCUACUUCACCAAGACCUCCACCAAGUGACGC